AUGUCGAAAACGGCCCACUGCCAUAUGCAGCUAAUUUGCUGCACGAACUGUACCCAGUAUGCACCCAAAGACGACAAAGCCAUUAAGAAGUUCGUCAUUCCGAACAUUGUAGAGGCCACUGCCGUCCGGGACAUGUCCGAAGCAAGUGUCUUCGACGCUUAUGUGCUCCCCAAACGUUAUGUCAGGCUGCAUUACUGUGUGAGCUGUGUUAUCCAUAGCAAGGUGGUCAGGGAUCGAUCUCGUGAAGCUCGGAAGGACCGAACACCCCCGCCACGAUUUAGACCUGCUGGUCCUACACCACAACCUCCACCAUGUAAAGAGGUGGCUUCAUAA